AUGAUGGCUGCGAAUAAGGUGGUAUAUGAGGAAGGACUCUUGGAGAAGUUGGAAAGUGCGCGGAAAAUGAAAGGCACCAGGUCUGUUGCGCAACUUGACGAAACAUCAGGGAACCAGUCUAUCCCACUUACCAAAUGGUAUGCAGGUUUGCAAGGAUUGAAAUUGAUCCGUGAAAUUGACGACUUUCUUCUUCCUAAGACUCCACUGACUGUCAUCUUCGGACCCCCUUCUUCUGGGAAAAGUAAGCAAUUGCUGCAAAGGAUCAACCAACUCGUGGAUAUUGCUCGUCAAAGCCACAACGAGUACGGAAUACUCUUACUCCAUAUGGGGAGCGCCCUUUGUCAAAAGGACACUUUGGAUCGCCUCAGCAGUAAUCCGAUAAACAUGCUUGACAUUGAGAGAGUGAAAAGCUUGUCUCCCGUAGAGAUGAUCAAAUACGGAGGAGUGGCAAGGGUGCAGUGGAAAUGCCACUGUUCAAUCAUCCAUAUUUAUGUAGAUGAUUAUUGCAUCGAAGCUGUAGACGCUGAGAAAGAAAUAGAAGAGUGGACACGGGCGCUGGAAGAAUUAACCAGGGCAACUCUAACCCUCACCCUGACGGUCGUUUUUCAAACUCAUUCUAGAGGCGGUAGAGAAAUCUCCAUGGAGAAGCUGAUAUCGUUUUUCCAAGAUCGCAAUGAUUCGAAGGUGAUCAAGUUACAUGAACCUGGGACAUCCCCUGACUGUUGCACGAGCAAACAGCUUCUCCACCACAUUUAUAACAACGAGACAUGUAACCCUUUGCAGAUGGCAGCCAAAACCCUGCCCACAGGAUCGCGCCCGGGGGCUUGGGUCAUUGGUUCCAAGCCUAAGCGUAUCAGCAUGAAAUACCUCUGUCCUGGCAGUCACCUGGAUUUGAGUUGCAAGGGACAAGAAUGUUGCUUGCCAUAUAUAGGCGCGUAUGUCUGUUUUCUCUCCGCCUUGUCGCAGGAGAUACUUGGUGAAGUUGUUUAUGUGCUCAUGCCUGAUAGAAAGCUAAUGAACUUUCUGCAGACAAUUAGUGGAGAGCACGCGAGAAGGCUGCACUUUUUUCAUCCUGAAGAAUUCCGAGGGUGUGAAUCUAGUGUUACCAUCACAGUAAAUGUGGAUGAUUCUUGGAUUUUGGAAAGCCUGUCCAGAGCAAAGACGCACCUCUACAUCAUUGACUGCUUACCAGAGCAUCAGCAAGUUUGGCGCACAAUGCAAGAAGAAGGACGCAUCGAGGAGGAGGUUCUUACUCACAACGUUCCUCUUGAAUCCGGAAUCCUUCUCAGCCUGAAUAAUAUUGGAAAGUUCCUCAUAUUUGAUUGCCCAAAAUGUGAGGAAUUCUCUCAUCUGGGAUUGCUGAGUGUCUAUAGAAGAAGAGGGAAACUGGAUAUAAGGGAACAUCUGAAAGUAUAUAAAGGUGAAAGACCCCCAGAGGAAAUUGCGAGCGCAUAUGUGUCCCAGGACUACCCUGAAGCAUAUGUUAAGUCUUACUCCUUGCCUGAGGGGUUCAUUUUGAGCGACAAUAAGUUUAAUGAUCUAAAGACAAAGGCUUUCAAAGGCAAAGAAGACGUGUCCUUGCCAUUGGACCAGCUGUCCAUUGCUGUGGUUUUCGAUCGAGUGAAGCAUGCGUUGAAGGAUGUGCCAUCACUGAUUAUGGCUGAUUACGAAUUUACAGAUACCUUCUUCAAGGGAAUCAAUCAGCAACAGAAGGAUCAUUUCAUCAAGAAUUUCGGAGUUACAACGAAGGACCUAGAGACCGGGUGUCAUGGUGUCUUUGGCAUUGGAAUAUCUGGCAAGGACAUAGUGGGACUAUUCUUUCAAGUUAAAGCCACAACGUCAAAUGCUAACCACAAAACAAUCCUUGAUUCGUUGGCAAAAGCAAUGAAGCAAGUCAACAAGGACUUCAACGUGUUUCGGGUUGUGUGCGGGAACUUCCUAAAUUCGAUAGUAAAGUUAGCGGGAUUCGUAGCCCUCCCGAUGCUCCCGAAGUCGAAGUUGCAGAAAGAGAUCAAAUGUAAAGAAUGCAGGGCACGAAUCCUCACCUCAGAAGACUUGGACGGUCCAGGAAGUUUCACAACGUUUUUGGACAGACAAGGGAUAGUAUUAGAGAAGACAUGGGACCGGAAUCCGGAGUCCCUAGUUUUGAAGACCUUCAAGGAGAUCUUCGACCUAUACGUCUAUGCAGCAUCGGGAUUAGACCUACCUCGCAACCAAACGCAAUUGUUAAUCAAGAGCGAGGGACAAAUGAAGAAGAUGUCGGAAAUUCUCACACCGAAGCAACGAGAAUCAGUGAUGAGCAAAGAAAAGUUUAUGUUCAUCUGCGGAGCUCAUGGGACAGGAAAGACAUUUCUGAUCAGGGAAAGAGCAACUGAAUUGGCAAAGACUGGUAAAGUAUUGGUAGUGAAUUUGGCUGGAGGACUCCUCACUGAAGAAUAUCAACGUUACUUCAGAGAUGAAGAGGAGAUUCAAGUAAUUGACGGGAGAGAUGAGGCCCUCGAGGAGAAUAUUGGAGCAUUGAAGAAGUACCUGUUGGAGAAGGGGAAAAAUAAAAAUAUCCUCAUAGAUGAAGUCCCCAUCACACUCGGAUUCCAGGACAUCAUCACACCAGAAGCUGUCACCAAGCACUGGGAAUGUAUCUUGGACGAGAUAAAUCAAAUAAAGUCAAUGACUGUCUCCUUCAGACCCAUUGACCAGUCAUACACGAGAGACAUACCCCUCCUGGACGUGAAACCCAGAGGUUGCCAGAUAAAAAUCCUCGAAGAAGUCAAGAGGAAUAGUAGGAAAAUUGCCGAGUUGCUCAUGGCAAUAAGGUGUUUCUUCAGCCGAAACGUGUUAUCUCUUGAGAAGACAGUUCGAAUGGACAUAGAUGAGUCUGCAGGAGGAUUUCUUCCAGCUCUCCAUUCCAUUCCCUCUUGCUCAUCUCUUCACCCCAGCAAAUGCCAGGAGAAGAUGAUCUGCGAGGCUGUAAGGGCAUCACAUGCCAUUGAUUCGAUACGCAAUCAAUGCUCCAUAUCAUCGAAAGAGCGCCCGCUAUUCGUCGUUGUUGAUAGCGAGAAGAGAAAGAAUGCCCUUGUAAACAUAAUUAUGUCAUUUUUCCCAUCUAUUCCGUUCCUCUUUUUCUCCAACCGCCGGCGGAUAUGGCGAGGGAAUGGGAACUUAAACGGAUCGUCCUCUCUUGUAAUCGUCACCGAGCACGAAAUGAUGGGAUGCUACCCGAAGAAUGUCAUUAUCAUCCUGGAUUUCCCAUUUACGCAGUGGAAGAACUACAACCGAUUGAUACCAUCCACUUUAGAAAACAAGAUCCUUGUGACGGAGGAAGAGGAGUUGAGGACGGGAAAGUUUUCUCGUCUCACGAAGGAAAUUUUUGGAUGGAAGAUCAAGGAGGGAAACAUCGAUGGGGCAGAUCUCAGUCGAAUACUAGAAAAGGCAUGGCAAGCUUACGAUAACAAGAAAAUCGAGCAUUUGAAGGAUGAUGCUUUCUCUCGAUCACGCUUUCCUGGAAUGGACAUUGAUUCGGAUGGAAAGGACGAACAGAAAAUUGCAGACGUAGACAGGAUGCUAAAGUCUUGGCUCAGUGGAAUAUUUGGUUUCCCAGCCUCAGGAAAAUCAAGUAGGAUAGAUAUUUUGAUCAGAAAUGUGACGGAAUCUUCGGAUCAUCUCAUUCUUCUCCAUUGCGGAUCUGACCUGUCUUGGGAAGCUUACCGAGAGCGCUGGGGGAAUGAGGAUCAUGUGAAACUUGCUUAUCUGGAUCCAAGCAAAAUCAAGACUGGACUCGUCAUCAUCGACAACAUACCUAACCAUCAGCAUCUUUGGGACACCAUGACCCAAGAAGGACGCGUGGAGGCCGUGCAUGACACUUUUCCCAGUUACAGUCAAGAGUAUCCAAAGAUCCUACUGAGACUGGAUGAGAAAGAAAGGUUUCUCAAAGGGCCGACCUGGGAUGAGACAGCGAAAAGAGUGGGCAAAGAAGCACUGGGAUGCGGCUUCCUGAAUGAAACAACUGGCGCAAUCCAAAACAUCCCCCCUGAGACAUGGGCAACUCUGGACCACUCCAGCAAAACCCUCCAUUCAUCGUCCCCUUUUCAGGACUGGGGAUACGUGUAUAACUGUGAAUCGCCAGGAUCAGUGACUCAAGCAGAUGAGGAGGAGAGAAAGAAAAUCCUGGAGAUCCUCUUGCAAAUGAGAGUGAAGUGGGAAGACGAGAAACUGGCCCCUGUACCAUUGAAGAUGAGUGGAGAAGGCGGGGUGUUGGAAUCCCUUUCCCUCUCCCUAACCGGUUCCCUUCUCCAUCUCUCUCUCCUUCAAAAUAUUCUUGCGAAGAAAAACUUUGAGGACCCUCUUCCUCUACUACAGUCGGGAGCAGACCACUUUCAUCGCCCCAUAGUCCUUAUUGGGGAGAAAUUAUUUAGGAUAUUCAUCCCUAGUGGUGUUGAACAAGCAGAAAAUGAAUGGAGAGGAAUCCUACUCUUCGCCCAAGAUUUCCGGAAUGGUAGCGUCCUCCCUGUGGUGCCUAAUUCCGGACAUGUGUGGAUGGAGGCGAACACGUUACCAAAGGUGUGGAAGGACAAAAUGCCCAAAUCUUUGGAGAGAAUCUCCUUUCGGGGGACGAUAGACGUGGAUUGGAGGGCUCAUACUGUUCCUCUCAUGUGGGCCCUGGACCGUUGCCUGGUCGACCUACUUCCUCUCAGCCCAGAAGAGCUGCAGGAGCGUGGGAAUCGCCAUUGAUAUGGCAUUGAUACGAUUUCUUAUUCGACCACUGAUAUCAGGUGGCAUUGCUCAAUGAACUAGGCAGUGAACGUGCAAAGCAGCGAUUUCCAAGGGUCAGGAGAAGCACUGCAAUCUGCCAAUAUUCAUGUCCAUUGCAUUGCCAAACAAGACACCUUCAUCCAUCCCUAUACAUUUUAAUGAUAUUUAAAAAUACAGAAGGUGAUUACAUAGAUCAACGAUUUUGCUUCGUGG